UUAUCACUUUCCCCAGCAGGGGCUAGGGGACUGGGAGCUGGCAACUUUUUCCCUCCCCCUCGCAUACCGCUGUUUUGCUGCCUCCCUCUGAGGCUCUGGGACAAAGUAAAUAGAGAAGAAGCUGGAGCAGAAGCAGAAGCAGAAACGCACAGGCAACAGCACAGACAGUACUAUCACGCAAACUUUUGUGUUGGGCCUUCUCACAAUGAGGAUCCUAGGAGGGCGCUACGUUGCCUUCACUCUGAGUCUCAUUUUCAUGAUCCUGACCUCAGAAGCAGUAAACUUUUUGUCGAAGCAGCAUGCCUCACAGAUCCUUAUGAGAAAACGCCGAGCAAACACUUUUAUGGAAGAAACUAAAAAAGGAAAUCUAGAACGAGAAUGCAUUGAAGAACUAUGUAACAGAGAAGAAGCUAGAGAAGUCUUUGAAAAUGAGCCAGAGACGAACUAUUUCUAUCCAUUAUACUUAGGUUGCCUUGGUUCUUUCCGAGUUGGGUCCUUUGUAGCUGCCCGUCAAUCAACCAAUGCCUACACAGACCUGAGGAGUUGUGUCAAUGCAAUCCCAAACCAGUGUAAUCCUCUGCCCUGUAAUGAAGUUGGCUACGAACACUGCUUAGACGGCCAAGCCCAAUUCACUUGUGUUUGUAAACCUGGAUGGCAAGGAGCAAAGUGUGAAGAAGAUAUCAAUGAAUGUGAAGAUCCCUCUUAUAUAAAGGGAGGUUGUAGUCAAAUCUGUACAAAUUUACCUGGAACCUACCGCUGUUCCUGUGAGAGUGGCUUCUAUUUGCUUUCUGAUAAAAAGGAUUGUAGAGAUGUGAAUGAAUGUGCUUUGUCAACAAAAGUUUGUGGGACAGCCUCGUGCAAGAACACCCCAGGGGACUUUGAAUGUGAAUGCCCCAAAGGCUACAGAUAUAACCCCAUGUCAAUGGAAUGUGAAGAUGUGGAUGAAUGUGCAGAAAACAUAUGUGCUCAACUUUGUGUCAAUCACCCUGGGGGAUAUUCAUGCUAUUGUGAUGGGAAGAAAGGAUUCAGGCUUACUCAAGAUCAGAAGAGUUGUGAGACUGUUCCAUUGUGUCUUCCUCUGAAACUUGAAAAAAAUUAUGAAUUACUCUAUCUGGCAGAACAGUUUGUAGGGAUCCCUGUUUUGUACUUAAGGUUUCGUUUGCCAGAAAUCACCAGAUUUUCAGCUGAAUUUGAUUUUCGGACCUAUGACUCAGAAGGUGUUAUACUCUAUGCAGAAUCCCUUGAUCAUUCAGCAUGGUUCCUGCUUGCCCUUCGUGAUGGGAGGAUUGAAAUUCAGUUCAAAAAUGAACAUGGGACUAAAGUCACAAGUGGUGGCAAAAUUAUUAACAAUGGCCUAUGGAACAUAGUGUCUGUUGAAGAAUUAGAAAACAGCAUAAGUGUUAAAAUAGCCAAAGAAGCGGUGAUGAAUAUAAAUAGCCCUACUCGCCUUUUCAAACCUACCAAUGGUUUUCUGGAAACUAAAGUGUACUUUGCAGGAUUACCUCGUAUGAUGGAAAAUGGUCUUAUGAAAUCGAUUAAUCCUCGCCUAGAUGGAUGUAUUCGUGGAUGGAACUUAAUGAAUCAAGGCGCUUCAGGAGUAAGAGAAAUUAUUCAAGAAAAACAAAACAAACAUUGUCUGGUCUCUGUGGAGAAAGGCUCCUACUAUCCUGGUUCUGGAGUUGCCCAAUUUGACAUUGACUAUAAUAACAUACUCAGUGCUAACGGGUGGCAGAUAAAUGUAACCUUGGAUAUCCGGCCAUCUACAGGCACUGGUGUCAUGUUUGCCUUGGUUUCUGGUGACACCGUUCCUCUUGCACUGUCCUUGGCAGACUCCAACAAUUCAGAAUUACAGGAUGUUCUAGUAACUGUUGAAAAUACCAUUGUAUCUCGGAUGGAAGCUAAGAAAUUGUGUACCCAUGAAAAUUCUAAAGUAGAACUCAGAGUCAGCAGAGGGCUGCUGGAAUUGACAGAUGGCUUUAAAGGAGAAACUAUUUACCAUGAAGAUCUGAAAACAAAACUUACUGUCUUGGACAAAGCAAUGAUGGGAAAAAUUGCUACCUAUCUGGGUGGCAUUCCAGAUAUUCCUGUGAAUGCUACACUGGUGAAUGUCUUUUACAAUGGAUGCAUGGAUGUGAAAAUUAACGGCAAAGAGCUGGAUCUGGAUGAAGCUGUCUUCAAACAGAAUGAUAUCAGAUCUCACUCAUGUCCAACAGUUUUAAAAAAACCAAGCACUUUCUAAAAUCACUUUCCUCCACAAGAUAUGAUUUUUUCCCCUCUGUAUGACUCAAGUUGUAAGGAAAGCUGAACUGUAUUACUUGCAAUGAGCUGGGGAGAGGGAUUAUUUUCAAAACACUUUGACCCUCCCUAGGUAGAAAAAGCACACUCUUUACGGAAAAAAAACACAACUACUUUUGAGACAAAAAUAACUUUUAAAAAAAUUCUUACCUCUGUUGCCAUUAAUAACUUAAAAUAAUGAAGUGCAAAGAAUUUUUUUAAGUUUGAUUUUUGC